CCGUGUCACCAACUGAGUUGUAAAAAACAUGGCAGCCCCCUGUGUGCAGCAGGCUGUAAAAUGAUUUCAUUUAGCACAAUAAACAUCGUUUUUCAUUCAUUUGUAUGGUGUUGUGAGAUAGACAAGAAAGCAACAUGGUGAAAGAACAAUUCAGAGAGACAGACGUUGCCAAAAAAAUAGGCAAGGUUUGUUUUGGGUUGAUGUCCCCGGAACAGAUCCGUCAGCAAGCUCAUAUUCAUGUAGUCAGUAAGAAUCUGUACCAGCCAGAGAAUGCUACAAGGACACCUAUACCGUUCGGGGUACUAGACCAUCGCAUGGGAACUAGUGAGAAAGACAACCCUUGUUUGACCUGCCACAAGCCGCUAGCAGACUGCCUCGGUCAUUAUGGUUACGUUGACCUUGAAUUACCAGUGUUCCACAUUGGAUACUUCAGGUCGAUUAUCAGUAUUCUGCAAUGCAUUUGUAAGGGUUGCGGGAGUUGUCUCCUCUCUCAAGCGGAACGACAGACAUUCCUCGAUGCCCUGAGGAGGCCAACGCUGACUUAUCUCCAGCGUAAAGGAUUAAGGAAGAAGAUUAACGAGAAGUGUCGCAAACAGCAGAUCUGCCUCAAAUGUGGAAUGUUUAAUGGUCAGGUCAAGAAGUGUGGCACCUUGAAGAUAGUCCAUGAGAAAUUUAAGAGUACUCGACGAGGGAGGGAAUCAGCCCUGGUUCAACUUCAAGCAGAUCUUGGUACAGCGAAGAAACAUAAUAAAGACAUUGAGCCACUUCUGUCCAAAGCCCAGGAAUGCUUGAAUCCGCUGACUGUGUUCAACCUUUUCAAGAGAAUCCCACAAGAGGAUAUUCCAAUGUUGGUGAUGGAAAGUGACAGUAGUCGUCCGCAAGAUUUAAUCUUGACUCGUCUACUGGUUCCACCUCUGUGUAUUAGACCUUCCGUCAUAUCGGAACUCAAGUCAGGAACAAACGAAGAUGAUCUGACAGUCAAACUAACAGAAAUAAUCUUCCUGAACGAUGUCAUCAAGAAACAUCAACAAGCUGGUGCUAAGAUGUCCAUGAUCAUGGAAGAUUGGGACUUCUUGCAGCUCCAGUGUGCUUUGUACAUUAACAGUGAAACAUCAGGGAUUCCAGUCAAUAUGCAGCCCAAGAAAGCUACGAGAGGCUUCUGUCAAAGGUUGAAAGGCAAGCAAGGACGAUUCCGCGGCAACUUAUCAGGAAAGAGAGUUGACUUCUCCAGUCGAACUGUCAUCUCGCCUGAUCCUAACCUUAGAAUUGAUGAGGUUGCAGUUCCUAUACAUGUAGCGAAGGUUUUAACUUAUCCAGAGAAGGUUACCAGAGCCAAUAUGAGUCUGAUGAGGAAGUUGGUCAUCAACGGCUGUGACAUCCAUCCAGGUGCAAACUUCAUCCAGCAAAGACACACUAACAAUAAGAGAUUUCUGAAGUAUGGAAACAGACAAAAGACAGCUCAGGAACUAAAGUAUGGUGAUACAGUUGAGCGUCACUUGAUGGAUGGAGACGUCGUCUUGUUCAAUCGUCAGCCUUCCCUUCAUAAACUCAGCAUCAUGGCUCAUUUUGCUCGUGUGAAACCCCAUCGGACAUUCCGCUUCAAUGAGUGCGUCUGUACUCCCUACAAUGCUGACUUUGAUGGAGAUGAGAUGAAUUUACAUCUACCACAGACUGAAGAGGCUAAAGCUGAGGCGCUCAUACUCAUGGGUGUCAAGUCCAAUUUGGUCACACCAAGAAAUGGCGAGCCGCUGAUUGCUGCUAUACAAGACUUCAUUACAGGGUCGUACCUGUUGACUCAGAAGGAUGUGUUCUUUGAUCGGAGUAGAGCAUGUCAGAUUAUUGCCAGCAUGCUAUCCCAGGAUGAUGAGAACCUAUCCAUUAAACUACCCGCUCCAGCUAUUCUCAAGCCGAGAUGUCUGUGGACUGGCAAGCAGAUCUUCAGCACUAUCAUCAAACCCAACGACGCCUGUGGAAUUAUUAUGAAUCUACGAAGCAAAGCCAAGAAUUAUUGCGGCAUUGGGUUGGACCUCUGCUACAACGAUUCCUACGUUGUGAUCCAUAAUAGUCAGCUGAUGUGUGGAGCUAUGGAUAAGAGCGUCCUUGGGUCUGGAUCCAAGAAUAACAUCUUCUACAUCCUCUUGAGGGAUUAUGGGGAAUCUUACGCUGCCAAUGCUAUGAGUCGAUUGGCUAGGCUGUGCCCAUACUUCCUCAGUAAUCGUGGUUUUUCCAUCGGCAUCGGUGAUGUUACCCCUGGGGAAGGGUUGGUUAGUGCUAAGAUGGAUCUACUCAAAGCAGGAUACUCCAUGUGUGACGAGUAUAUCAGCAAUUUGGAGAAGGGGAACUUACAGACUCAGGCAGGCUGUACGGCUGAAGAAACACUAGAGGCGAUGAUUUUAAAGGAACUAUCUGUGAUUCGAGACCACGCCGGAAACGCUUGCCUAAAAGAACUCCAUAAGAGUAAUAGUCCACUCACCAUGGCUGUCUGUGGAUCCAAAGGGUCAUUCAUCAAUAUUUCCCAGAUGAUUGCUUGUGUGGGUCAGCAGGCCAUUAGUGGUCACCGAAUUCCCAAUGGAUUUGAAGAUCGGGCUCUACCUCAUUUCAAACGUCAUUCUAAAAUCCCGGCAGCUAAAGGUUUUGUCAAGAAUAGCUUCUACACUGGUCUGACGCCAACUGAGUUUUUCUUUCAUACCAUGGGUGGACGAGAAGGUCUGGUGGAUACCGCUGUUAAAACUGCAGAGACUGGCUACAUGCAGAGAAGGCUGGUCAAGUCUUUGGAAGAUCUGUGCUCCCAUUAUGACUCGACUGUGCGCAACUCCAUGAGUGACGUCAUCCAGUUUGUAUAUGGAGCCGACGGACUGGAUCCAGCCAUGAUGGAAGCCAAGGACAAGCCCGCUGACUUUGAUAGGGUGCUACAUCACAUCAGGAGUAAGUUCUCAGAUCGUGGUAAUUUUACAAUGAGCAGUGGUGCAUUACGAUCUGUAGCGUAUGAAACCAUCAACUCCAAAGAGUUUCAGAAGUGCAGUCCAGAAUUCAGACAAGAACUCAAGGAUUACAUUGACAAAGUUUGUGAGAACAUUCGGACCAGUCGGUUCCAGUGCGGACUGAGUGAAGUACAGAAAGAGAGAAAUGUUUUGUACCAGCUCGAGCGCAUCACACCAAUCCAGGUGAAGGAGUUUCUGAGCAUGUGCAGAUUGAAGCACAUGAGGGCGCGUAUUGAGCCAGGCACGGCGGUAGGUGCGGUUGGUGCCCAGAGCAUCGGGGAACCGGGCACUCAGAUGACACUCAAGACCUUUCAUUUUGCCGGAGUCGCCUCCAUGAAUAUCACUUUGGGAGUCCCCCGCAUCAAAGAGAUCAUCAACGCAUCUAAAAACAUCAGCACACCAAUCAUCACUGCCCUGCUUGACGUGGAGGACAAUGCCGACUUUGCUAGGCUGGUCAAGGGGCGGAUGGAGAAGACUAGACUUGGAGAGGUGUCUGAGUUUAUUGAAGAGGUGUUCCUCCCAGAUGAUUGCUUCAUUCUCAUCAAGCUAGACCUGGAUCGAAUUAAUCUACUAAAGCUUGAAGUAAACGUUGACUCUGUCAGUAUGUCCAUCUGUGCCUCCAGACUCAAGGUUAAACCACAGAACGUGCAAGUGUUAUCAUCCAGUAUGCUAACAGUGACUCCACAGGAGACUAGUAAAAGCUCAAUGUACUAUGCUCUGCAGUUCCUCAAGAACAAUCUAACCGAUGUCGUCAUUCAGGGUAUAGCAAGUGUUUCUCGUGCUGUGAUACACAUCGAUGAAAAAGGCAGUAAAACUCUCUACAAGUUACUGGUAGAGGGCGACAAUCUACAAGCGGUGGUGGCAACAAGGGGUGUGAAAGGAACUUCUACAACGUCCAACAACACGUAUGAAAUGGAGAAGACAUUAGGUAUAGAAGCAGCGCGGCGUACAAUUAUUGAGCAGAUUGAGUAUACGAUGGUGAGUCACGGAAUGAGUAUUGACCAUCGUCAUGUGAUGCUACUCGCUGACCUCAUGACCUACAAGGGUGAAGUUCUUGGGAUAACGCGCUUCGGUCUGGCUAAGAUGAAAGAGAGUGUUCUGAUGCUUGCUUCGUUUGAGAAAACUGCUGAUCAUUUGUUUGAUGCAGCGUAUCACGGACAAAAAGACUCCAUUUGUGGUGUUAGUGAGUGCAUCAUCAUGGGAAUUCCAAUGAAUAUUGGGACUGGAAUCUUCAAACUACUUCAUAAAGCUGAGAAAGAGAGCUCACCACCGAAACGAUCGCUCAUCUUUGAUAACCCAGAGUUCCACCUCCCAGGAACUUCCGCAACUUCGAAAUAAAACAAUUGGAGACAACUCACCGGAGCAGCUUCAAAAUGAAACAUUGGAGACAACAACGGGAGCGUCUCAAAAGUCAGAAUGCUUGUAGCGUUCUUAUUGGAUUGGACAAUUCGACCUGAUAACCUUAUCAUCGUCAUCAUUUAGCGGUCGCAACCAAGAUUCCAUUCACAAUGUCAAGCCAGAGGUGUUUAUCCCUCAUCAUGGUUGGAAAGUCCUCAUAUCAGACUCCAUAUCUCUAUCAACUACGCCGAUGUAGUUGAGAGGUCUACGUCCUCUAUUAGGUCGCGGAAGUCUCUAAUAUAACAUGUCGGGUAUGACCUGGUCUUUAGCAGGAUGGCAGUGGCUAGCAAAGCGGACUCUGCGUUGAGCAACAGUAGCAGAGAUUGUUGGAAUGUCUCCGUAACUCUGUUCUUUGGUCUUGUGCUCCCACAUAGUAUUCGGCCUUGCGUAAGAAUUGCACCUGCCACCAAUAUUUUGUUGAUAAACUUGAGAGAUUUCUUUGUUAAGGGAUCCUCUCCCUAUACAAGUGCAGCACACCUCAGGGCAUUUCGCAUACCUCCUGGGCCCAAUUUCAAAGAGCUGCUUAGCACAAUAAUUUGUUUAGCAUGAAAUUUUUAUCUUGAUAAGAACAAGAUUACCACCCAAGUUUUCACGUGAUUCUCAGGAUAAGCAGUUACAAGCAAUUGGUUGGUAAUCCUGUUUUUAUCGAGGAAGACAUGUCAUGCUAAGCAAAUUUUUGUGUUUAGCAGCUCUAU